ACAUGAAAAAAAAAAAAAACAAAUUGUAAAAGAAAAGUUUAUUGUGAAAAUGGAAAGGAAAUUUAUCGACAAUAUAAAAGUUGAUGUGUGAAGCAGUUGUAACGAAAUAAUAUAAAAAAAAACUGUUAAGAAUAAGAAAAUUAUUUAGUGACAGUUAAAAAAAGGGGGGAGUAGAGCAGAAAAGAGAGAAAAAACUUUUUAAAUAACAGCAAAAAGUUUGUAAUUUCAAUUUGUGCAAAUUGUUUCAUUAAUUAAACGUUUUGGCAUUUUAAUUAGACGACUGUGUGUCGUAUAUAUACACUUAAUACUUAGAAAUGAAUAUAAUAUAAGAAGUACAGACAUACAAAUAUAUUCAAAAUCUGUACGAUUAUAGCAUAAACAUACGGAGACACAAAAAGAUACACUAACAGUGAGGAAUAGAAGGCGAUAAUCAAGCUGAGAGUCUCAAUGCUAAUUAAGUAAAAUAUAAUAGCAGAUAUAGUGAGAGUAGAAGGAGAAAAGAGCAAGAAAAAAGGGUGUCGUUACCGGAGUUAGUUGCUUAAUUAAUUAAAUUGUGUACACGCCGUUUGUGUUAUGGGAAUAGCUGUAUAGUAUGAUGGGGUGGCGCAUAAUAAUCGAAUAUACUAUGUGCUUUCGUACAUAUUGUUGCCUCAUUCAUACAACUUAACGAAGCUAAUUUAUCCCCACUGGAAUAACAUUUACACAUCAUUGCCAAAUGGAUUGUAUUUUUCGUAAUUUUCCUUCUGUGCAAAUUCAAUUAAAAUGAGAAGCGGAUUAUUUGAAUGAGUAGAAAUUAUAUUAUAGUGUAGAAUGGUGGAUACAAAUCACAAGUGGUGUUGUAUAGUGAAUAUGUUAGUGGGUUGAGUGCUAUGUGGGGUUGUGUUUAAUAAAUAGCAAGCAUCAGCAAGCAGAGCAACAGCAACAAAAAAAGGAAAAGAAGAGGAGGAGAGAAGAAAAUAGAAAUUAAUUAAUUAAUGAAAAAUACAUGAACCAUUCCAUCUUUCUCUCAUACUGUACAUCAUCAUCGUCGUCGUCGAGUGUUAAAUGUGUUUUUGUUAUACAAUAUAGAAUACAUGCUGUAGAUAUUUAGACAUUGAAUUGGUGGUAAUAUAAUAUCACAUUUCGUCAUGACAACGCAAACCAUUAAAUGUGUGAAUUCAAGAGAAAGAUAUAUAUACAAAUAUAUGGCAAAUUAAAAAAAAUGUAAUUUAAUACUGAUAUCGAAUAAACAUCAAUUAAUUAUCAAGCGAUAAAGCCCUUAAGACAACAAUAACAAGAAGGAUUUUCUCUUUUAUUACAAAAAAUUAUUUGUUGAUGUUUUUUCUCUGUAAAUCAUAAGAGAACAGAGUGGGAAGAAAAUAUAUAUAAUUAAUUACAAUUUACAAGUGUUCCUACUUAUAUCUUCUCCAAAAUCAUUAACUAUCUCAUUCAUCAAUCAAUCAAUCAAUCAAUCCAUUGGAAAAAGAAAUUAUUUUUAUUGAAUUAACAAACACAUUGUGAUUAUAAAAAAAAAAUAAAUGAAAAUGGGAUUAACGACACUUCAGCAGCAACAGCAGCAACAACCUAGUCAAAAUCAACAACAGCAAUCAUCGGUAGCGACAUCAGUGUCUGAUAUAACAUCACAUCACGGAUGCACGGCAACUUUACAACAGACAUGUGAGACAUCGUCGUUAUUACCAAAAGAAUGUGCUGGCUGUGGAAAAAGAAUAGUUGAACGAUAUUUAUUGAAAGCCAUAGACCUUCUUUGGCACGAGGACUGUUUGGUCUGUGGCUGUUGUAAUGCAAGGUUAGGCGAAGUGGGCAGUAGUCUGUUUGUGAAAGCAAAUUUGAUAUUAUGCAAGCGAGAUUAUUUAAGACUAUUUGGUAAUACCGGUGCAUGUUCAGCUUGUAAUAAAAUAAUUCCAGCUUAUGAGAUGGUGAUGAGAGCUAAAUAUAAUGUUUAUCAUUUAGAGUGCUUUGCUUGCUUCGCCUGUCAACACAGAUUUUGUGUUGGCGAUAAGUACUAUUUAUGUGAUAACAAAAUUUUAUGUCCAUACGAUUACGAAGAGCGACUUGUAUUUGCUGGUUUGGCAGAUAAUCCGACAAAUUUAGCACAUAUGAAGCGUCAAUUGAAUAAUUUGCAGCCAGUCACAGAAAGUCGAAAUAACAGCAUGCCUACCACUUCGAGUCUAGCACGAUUUGGACCAAAUGAGCACGAACAUGCCACCACAAACGACUCAUCAAUAAGCAUUCAUCGUAUACGACCUGAUAGGGAUGACGCAUCGAGUGGUUAUGACUCACCAGAUGAUUCAGAAUCAUUUGAGAAGCCACAUCAGCUUGUCCAACAGCAGCCGUCAUAAAUUGUGUAUGAAUAAUAAUAACAACGAGGUUUUUCUUUAUUAUUAUUAUUUUAUGAAAAUUUUCUCUACAAAUUUUCCUAUAAUAUUACCGUCGUCCAUGGGAAAAUUAGCAAAUUGCUAACCACAACCAACAUACAAAUCAGUCGAUCUCUUAUUAUUAUUUUAACGAUGGUAUGAUAACUGUAAUAACAAACUUCCAUUUGAAAAGGAAAUAAUUAUCGAUGUAAAACAUUCUUUUUUUUCUGUUCGAAGGAAAGACAUUUUGUCUUUGAAAAGACAAACAAAAAUUUUAAUUGAUUCAUGAGAAUGUAUCAGUACGAUGAAAAAAUAUAUUAGGUACAUAGAUAAAAUAAUGAUGAACGAUUUCAAAAGAAAAGAAAAAGCUAAG